AGGGGGGCCGAAGACUGGCGAAACAGCGACAGAAAAUGGAACACAUACAACAUUUCGGGUAAUGCAUUUCUACUAUCUAAUGUUGAUCAGAAAUCAACAUUAAAACACGGCACUCGGAUGGUGCCAGCUGCGGAGAGAGAGCGAGGACUGCUCGUGUGAGACGCUUAUCCCUCCACUGUAGACGCAUCAUCACCAUCAUCAUUAAAGUACCAUUCCGUUUUGAUGUAUGUGCUGACCCUCGCGACCCUUCAGCUUGCGGCGAGUUAAUUAUUUUUGUCAAGUCAUGAGCAAUUUAAAUGAUACAUCGGCCAUCCGUCAACAGAGAUCUGAGAACAACUCGGUCAGCAGUAAUGACUGGGAUAUGGCAAAUGAUGUGUUUGUGUCCUGCUACGAGGACCCGAUGGCAAUCCACGGGGAGAUGGACUCCGUGCAGCCCGUCUUGGAAAGACACCUGCCGCUGAUCCGAGCGGACCAGCACGAUAGCAUUCUGAUGGGCCUAGUGGAGGAGCAGUACUCGGGCUACCACUCUCAUCCAGAGUCCGCCACGGGAUAUCUGGACGUGGACUCAAACUACACGGAAAGUGACGGGAGCGUGAGCACAAAGAAACGGAACCGGUCCAACAGUUCCAGACAGCGCGGGGAGGUCGUGACGGAGCUGGGACCAGAGGAGGUGCGCUGGUUCUACAAAGAGGACAAGAGGACCUGGAAGCCUUUCGUCGGGCAUGAUUCUUUAAAGAUCGAGAAGAUUUACAGGCGCUUUUGCGAGUUAAACCCAGACAAGGUUAAGCGACGCGUCCCUUCUGACGCAGAGCUGGACUUGACCGAAAUUCAAGUGGAGAACGCGUCAACAGAGGCGGCAGCCGCUCAAGCGGACCCGGCUGUGGCGGAACGCAGUUCCGUUUCGGAUGAGAGGAUUGUGGACGGAAACGGCGUCAACGUGGAAGCGGUGUGCGUCCGAGGGGGGCUGUACGAGGUGGACGUCAAGGAGAAGGAAUGCUACCCCGUCUAUUGGAACCAACAAGACCGUAUCCCGGUGAUGCGCGGCCAGUGGUUCAUCGACUGCACCUGGCUGCCACUGGAGGAAGACGAGAGCGACGCCAUCGAGCUGGAGCACCUGGCCCGUUUCCGGGGGCAACAGAUGCGGGACACCUACGAGCCGGAGGAGGCGGCCGCCAUAGCGACGGCCGCAGCGGCCGCAGCGCUGGAGACCAAGGAUGCUGUUCACAGUCUGAAGCUGAGCAGGAGUCAUGUGGACUGGCACGGCGUGGAUGAGGUCUACCUGUACAGCGACGCCACCACCUCCAAGAUCGCCCGCACCGUCACCCAGAGACUGGGCUGGUCCAAAUCCUCGAGCAGCGGCACACGCCUCCACCGGGGCUGUGUGGAGGAGGCGGCCCCGGAGGACACGCCCCCUGAGACCACCCACAUUGUGUUCGUGGUCCACGGCAUCGGACAGAAGAUGGACCAGGGACGCAUCAUCAGAAACACCAGCAUGAUGCGAGACGCUGCCAGGAAGAUGGAGGAGAAGCACUUCUCCAACCGGACCACCGAACACGUGGAGUUCCUCCCAGUAGAGUGGAGGUCUAAACUGUCCCUGGACGGAGACACGGUGGACUCCAUCACCCCAGACAAGGUGCGCGGGCUGCGGGACAUGCUCAACAGCAGCGCCAUGGACAUCAUGUACUACACCAGCCCACUGUACCGCGACGAGAUCACGCGGGGCCUCACGCUGGAGCUGAACCGCCUCUACACGCUCUUCUGUACCCGCAACCCCGAGUUCCAGGAGAGCGGCAAGGUGUCCAUCGUGUCCCACUCGCUGGGCUGCGUCAUCACCUUCGACAUCAUGACAGGCUGGGACCCCGUGCGCUUCCACCACCAGGAGGCCCCGGACCCCGAGGAGACGCGCGCGCGCUGGCCCAGCCACGAGGAGCGCCACCUGCAGGAGCAGCUGCGCCUCACGCGCCUCCGGUACGGCCGCAGGUUAAGGGACCUGGAAGACCAGUUCCAGGGUUUACAAACCUCUUCGUUUGAGGCUGUCCCAGCCUUGAAAUUCAAGGUGGAGAACUUCUUCUGCAUGGGCUCCCCGCUGGCGGUGUUCCUGGCUCUGCGCGGGAUCCGGCCCGGGAUCUUAGGCACCCAGGACCACAUCCUGCCCAAGUCCAUCUGCCAGCGCCUCUUCAACAUCUUCCACCCCACCGACCCUGUGGCAUACAGACUGGAACCCCUCGUUUUGAAGCACUACAGUAACGUUGCCCCUGUCCAGAUCAACUGGUAUAACACAGUCAACCCCACGCCCUACGACCACAUCCGGCCGACACUGAUCAACCCUCUGAAGGAGAGCACUUCCAUCUCGGACUCUGACAGCCUGCCCAGCCCGUGCACCUCCCCUCCCCAGGGCCGCCGGCACUACGGAGAGUCCAUCACUAGCCUGGGGAAGGCCAGCUUCAUGGGCGCUGCGAGUAUCGGGAAGGGGAUCAGUGGGAUCCUCUUCUCCCGGUUUUCCCGCUCCAGCGGCCAUGUGGGAGGGCUGGAGGAGGAGCCGUCCGACCUGGAGUGCGGAGCCCCAGAGGGGGGGAGUGUGGAGGGGUCAGGGGAGGAGGAGGGGGGCGGAGCAGGGUUGCUGCUGUUGGAGGCCGAGGAGGAAGAGGAGGAGCAGAAGGAGGCGGAGCCUAUCAUGUGUCCGUCUCCGUCGGCCAUAUUGGACAGCACCUCAGUGGAGCUGGAGCAGCGCGUGGACUUCGAGCUGCGGGAGGGCAUGGUGGAGAGCCGCUACCUGACGGCGGUGACCUCCCACACGGCCUACUGGUGCUCCUACGACGUGGCGCUCUUCCUGCUCACCUUCAUGUACCGGCAGCAGGAGUACCCGGAGCCCCACCACGCAGAGCAGUCCUAGCACACACAGACACACACACACACACACACACACACACACACACACACACACACACACACACACACACACACACACACACACACACACACACACACACAC